AUGACGACGACGACGAUGCUUUCGGAGAGAGAAAUUCUAUCCCUGGUCGAACCUUUGCUGCCGAACGGAGUUGGAAUAAAGUGCGUGAUAUCAACGACCAAUCCGAAACGGUUGUGUUUGGAACACCUGGAGAGUAUUGAAGGAGGAGGAGGAAAAGGAAGAAACGCGGGAGAGGGCGAGGAUGGGAACGACGAGGACGACGAUUCAGACGAGGACGACAUCGAAGACGACAAUUUUGGUGAGAGUAUGCGCGAAACGACGAGUGCGCAUACUAAGAAGAAUGGUGCUGAUGAGAAGAAGAAAAAGGACGCGCUGCUCGACGUGGAGAUUAUCGUAGGCGAAGAGCGCAUUCGCGACGCGAAAGUAGCCAUCGCGAAGUUAUGCGACGAUAAGAGUCACAAUGCAGGAGUAAAAACUGCGACGCCGAGUGCGUUUGAAGAGGAGAUAUUGCGCGCGAAGCAUAAAAAUAAGAAUAAAGGAACGUUGAGAAUACCGGUGGCGUGUUUGGAGACGCGCUGUAAACGGGCGCUCUUUUUAGUGUACCCGCAUCGAGCGCACACUUUGCGAACGUGCGCGCAGUUUUCACCGUCGGUUUUCGGCGACUCGAAAUCGAGGAGGUGUUUGAUUGCGAGGCAACUCGUGGAAGGGUUGAGCAUCACGCACGAGAAUGGAUUACACAUGCGCGGAAGAGUUGGUUUAGAGAAUUGCUCGAUCAAUGAAGACAAGGCGAAAGAAGCCAUCGAGAAAAACGUGGAAUUAACGAUGACGCCUUUGAUUGAGAUUGGCGCGCUCGCUCGCGCGAGCAACCACGCAGUCACGUCGACACCAACACACAGCGUCGAAAACAGAGAGGAAAGAGAUAAGGAAGACGCGAUGGAGGAAGACCGACGAAACUUGCGUGGAUUAACCGCGGCGUGGCGGCUAGGCGCGAUUUCAAAUCUGGAAUACAUUUCGCGCAUCAACGCCAUUUCCGGACGCCGCGAAGGCGAUUUUCGGUUUCACGCGUUCAUGCCGUGGGUCAUCGAUUUUUCGAAGCAUCCUUUCUCUUCCUCCAUGAACGAAAGAGCAUGGAGAAGUACUGCAGAAGACGAUGACGACGAUGAAGAUAAACCCUUAUUCGGUUACCGAGAUCUCACGAAAACGAAAGCGCGACUCAUGAAAGGAGAUGAAAUGCUCGAUCGAUCGUUCGUAAACUUUGGCUACCAUCUUCUCGACGACCCCUCAAUGUCAGAACUCGGAGCGUGCGUUCAAUCGGCAAGGAACUUAUCGAAAGCUAUGCUUCAAAAAUUUGUCCGACCAGACUGGGAACCGAACGAGUACCCGAAAUCGAUCCAGCGUGUUUUUGAAACGACGCCGGAUGAAUGUUUACCGAGAUUUUAUUACGACCCGAGCAUUUUCAAAUCGUCCUUGAUUGAAGACGGCUUGCACGAUUUACAAGUCCCCGCGUGGAUUUCGUCCUCCGGCGACGCGGACGAAUUCGUACGAAUCCACAGGAGCUGCUUAGAGUCUGAUUUCGUGAGCAAAAGGUUACACGCGUGGUUUGAUGUACAUUUUGGGUAUCAAGUCGGCACGGCGUCCAAUAAUCCAAGUGCAGUCGAGGCAAAGAACACGUGUAAAGUCGGUGAAGAUAAUGGGAAGUUACUCGCAUACGGACGCACGAAAGUGUUCAGAUACCCGCAUCCAGUGCGUAAAACGCGAAAUAGUCCUUUACGCGCGAUAAGUUUAAACGGAGACGGAGAGGAAGUAGACGAGGACGACGAGGAGUACGAAGACGUGUUGAAGAAAUAUCGCAACGUCGAUUUGAACGAAUCGCAAGAUGAGGUGUACGUCGACGCGCUCACGACACCUGAGAAAACGAGUAAAAAGAAUGCAUCAGAAAUAAAUGAUCUCAGAGCCUUAGGCGCAGCUUUGUUCACUAUAUUCACCAACCGAGAUAUUCCGGAGCAUUUUCGCGAGAUUCGCGAACGAGCGCUGGUGGACACGCUCGGCGCGUUUGUCGAUGUUAACGAUUUUAAUCUGGAGAGCGAUACGAGAGAAGAAAUGCGCGUGUUAUUGGACGCAAUAGAUGACUCGAACGAAAUACCAGAUCUGAUCGAGAAGCUCAUCUUCGAUGAGACACCGCCGAGUGCAAAAGAGAUUCUGAAGUUGGACGCAUUCUUGAAUGCGAAAGCGUUGGAGGAUUUGAGAAAAGUGCGAAAUGACUCUAGACUUGGGUCUACGAAACGCUUAGUCGCGUGCGAUGAAAUCGCACGUCGAGCAAUACAAAGUCUCAAAGAUAUCGGUAAUGAUAGAAAUGCUGUUCAAUCGUUCAAAGCGGCGACUAUUCACGCGUCUAUUAUCGUCGAAGAAAGCAUGCACGCCAUCGCGUGCGCUUCCAAAGCGCAUCUCGAAAAAUACUCGCGCAGGAGCAUGGAGCGCGCAAUGACGGCUGCGUCACUUUUUCAAAGCUGCGCGGAGUAUUUGUGUGCAUUAGAACACAUAUCUCGUACAUUGUCAUCGAUGAUGACGGCAACGAAUAUAAGCAUGUAUAUUCUCCGAAAACCAAACAUUCUGGCCAAGCGUGUAUUGUUGGCACAGUAUUCUGAGUGUCUUGAAUCGGGUGCCAACGAAAACGUCUCGUCUCGAAAGGGUGGUUCCUCGGCUAAAGAAAUGAUUUACCGAAUCAAUGAAGAAGGACCGAGUUUCCGCAGAGAAUUGCUGCAUCCGGCUGUCUUGACCUCCGUUGCCUCUGCCGUGUGUUCUGAUUACGAUUUCGAGGAGAAAAUUCUUCCUUCGGUGCUUUCAAUCGCUACUUCUCCGAGAACAGACGUCAACGAGGAAGAAUUCACAGCUUCCAUGGCUGUUCUAGAGCAAAUCAUCUCGCGGUUGUGUAUGCCAGUCUUACUCCGGAUCGUCGUCGCGCCGUUGAUCUCAUUGAUACAAAAUUCCGUGAAUCGUGAUGGUGUCGACCGAGCGAAACAGGCGAUUGAAAUGAUUCGCAACGCUCGUCGAUUGCCCGCGCACCUCGACAUCAUCGAGUUCAUGUCACUCUCGACAACGGAGACGAAUGCACAGAAAGAGAACGUCAAGAAGAUUGAACGGAAGAAAUCCAGAGAAAUCGCGCUCUUAUCGUUGGAGAGGUAUGUGGCAACGGGUGGAGAUUCGGGCAUCGCGGAUAUUGACGCCGACGACGCCGACGACGAUUCAGAAGAGGAGAUUGACGAAGCGGUCGUAAAAAUACGAAACCGUGGACCGUGGAUAUUUUUACCCGGAGACAGCGUUGCUUCUUCCAACAGUCCAAGCGCGUUAUUGUCUUCAUCAAUUGGAUUUUUUCGCGAUGAAAGUACGAAACCUUGGGUGGUGCGUUUAGAAACGCUCGCCAAGUGGAGAGCGCAUUCGAGAGGCUUUGGCGUCGAUGCUCGGAAGUCAAUCGAAAUGCCAAACCGCGAAUCUUCGAACGCAAAAAUUUAUUCGCGAUCAGUAACAAGCGAUAACUCGAGAGUAAAUGGGAACAACAACGAUUUCUUUGACGGGAACGGCGCUUUACGAGUUUCCGAGUCUGAAACGAGAGUCUUGACGUGCGGCGCGCACUAUCGCGGCGGCUUGAGAAGAGGCACGGCGUGUCGGAUUUGGUACAUCAGCGCGAGCCCAAAGAAUAAAGAGUCGUCGAUCGCAAACGCUACUUCGUUUUUGCAGUUUCGAGCGCCUUUCGCGAUUCAUGAACCAGAUGCAAAUAUCCGCGCUGGAUGUUUUCUCGAUCCGCAAGGUGAGACGAUAGCGACGGCGGACGACGCUGGUUAUUUGAGUUUGUUUUUAGCAAAAGUAAGCAAAAGGUCAUCCAACAACAGUUUCGACGAUACCAUCUACGACGACAUCGAUAGCGACGAAUUCAACGACGGCGCGGAAUGCCCAACGCUAUGGCGUUCGAGGGACAAGUCCCUCCUGUCCAGGCGCGAUGGAUUUUCGUGCCUAGCGCACGACUCGAAUUUAAGCACCUUGGUCGCGGGUACUUUGCGAGGUUCCAUAGCCAUUGCGGAUUGCGAGACUGGUUCGUUUACGAGAACGCAUGUGCUAUCAGAAGAAGCGAACGCGCGCGUUCGUUCUAUCGAGUGUAACGGUGCCAGUAAUAUUUUUUGCUCGUUCGGGAACGGAUCCGUCGCCGCCAUCGAUGCCAGAACGUGUAAAGUGUUUGCGAAUUUCCAAGCGCACGACGACCAUUGCACACGAGUGCGAUGUUUAGAAAAUCAUCAAGGUACGAGCAACUUCCAGUUCAUCACGAGUUCAAACGACGGUAUUGUGAACGUAUGGGACGCGAGGAAAUUUUCAUCGCGUUCGACGGCAAGAGUUCGUUCGUUUCACGUUCCGCCGAGCGAUGCUCGCGCGCAUCAAAUGUCUUCCAGCGAUAAGAACAAACAUCGCGCGAAAGGGAACGCAAUAUGCGAUUUCGAUAUGCUUGACUCAAAAAGUUGUUUCAUCGCGACGGUAGCAAAUGGUAUUGGGGUAUUCGAUGCGGAAGACUCGAGCGCGGCAGAUGACGAAAUGUCGAGUAAAGUAGAAACGAUGAGUUUGUACGAUGACGGCAACAGCGCUUUACGUGCGAUUCAAAUAUUACCGCGAAGUCGAUUGUUUGUCGCUUUGUCUUCGGAUGGAAUGGUCCGCGUGUGUCGUUAA